UUCUCCGUCCGCUGCUGUCUCGCGCUCCCCCCGCCUGCUUCCGCCUCUCUCUCUCUCUCUCUCUCUCGCUCUGUCAUUAGCCGCAGAAGCUGCAACACCGGCGAUGUCUCCGCGGGGUCCUAAAGCCUACAUAUGUUUGCCGUCCUCAUUUUGUUUUCGUGUGAUUGACUGUUCCGUUCAAUAAAAGGCUGAAAGUACAUCAGCGACUUUGGAUGUCAUUAUAGUACCUCAAUGGGGUACCUCAAUGUAAAAUCAAAGAAACAGCCAAGCUGCGACUCAUAACUCAUAAAACCCGGAAGUUGAGGUUAGUGUUGGACCGAUUAUCGAUUAUCAUCGCCGAUAAUCGGCAUUUUGACUCAUUUUGAGCCAAAUUUAGUCCGCUAGUGAAUAAGAAAUGAAUUUAAAACCGGCUAAACUUCGGGGAGCCAUUUUUUUUUUGUUUUUUUUUUCAGUUAACUUUAUAAGAGAUGCUGCUGAUCCUGGAAACGCCCAGCACUUUUUGUUUUUGUUUUAAAUAAAAACAAUGAUAAGUGAAAGAUUAAGAUUUACUUUAUAUUGAAAUUUUGGGGAAAAAAAAUUUCCUAUAGAAAACUUGUGGGUGCUAUUUAUUUAUUUUUAGCUAACUUUAUAAGACAUGCUGCUGAACCUAGGAGCUCCCUGUACUUUUUGUUAGAAUUUUAAAACAAAGAUUUCUCUUGUCUAUGAUUUAAAAAAGAAAACUUUAACAUGUCGCAAAUCCAAAAUGUUAUUGAUCAUAUGAUUAAAGGCAUUUAAAUAAAUUUAAGUGCUUGAGUUUGUAGUUCAUAUUCAAAACUUUGACGCUGGCAUAGAUAAAUUAAUGUUGCUAUAUUUUGAAUUCAUAAAUAAUAAUUUUCCGACAAAUGAAGUGGAAUUAGUUAAUUUCCUUCUUUUGCACUACCGACCGACCCUUUUCACAAAAGCAAUAUUUUCACAGUGUUUGGGAGCCCUGCACUUGUUUCUCGUCAACAAGGCGGUAAUAGCAGACAAUGACACCCGUCCCGGAGUAUGUUACUUAUGUGCAGUCUACUCUGUAAUUUUGCCUCUUAAAUGCAAUUUCUUUCUCCAUGGAAGUUGGAGGCUCUUCUUCUUUUGUCUCAUCAUCUGGCCUUCUCCCGUUUCCAAAGAAGCAUUUAAAAAACAAUGUUUCUUUCUUUUUCUUGCUAGCUUGUGGGGUUCCUUUUUCACUAUAUCAUGUGAGCAAGACAAGCAGUUUGACUUGUGUACAUAGGCACAGACGGAUUCACCUGAUUUUCCAAAUAAAACUUCUUUCAGACUCUGAUGAGCUAUAAAAUGUUUUUGUUAAGUGUUGCUGAGAAUCAUUAAUUUUACUUUUACCUUUAUUAAAUAACACAUGGCGGCACAGGGCUGCAUGGUGGUCGACUGGUUAGAGUGUCAGCCUCACAGUUCUGAAGACCGGGGUUCAAAUCCUGGCCCCGCCUGUGUGGAGUUUGCAUGUUCUCCCCGUGCCUGCGUGGGUUUUCUCCGGGCACUCCGGUUUCCUCCCACAUCCCAAAAACACGCAUGGUAGGUUAAUCGACAACUCUAAAUUGCCCGUAGGUGUGAAUGUGAGUGCGACUGGUUGUUUGUUUGUAUGUGCCCUGCGAUUGGCUGCCGACCAGUUCAUGGUGUACCCCGCCUCCUGCCCGAUGAUAGCUGGGAUAGGCUCCAGCAGGCCUGCGACCCUAGUGAGGAGAAGCGGCUCAGAAAAUGGAUGGAUGGAUGAAUAACACAUAAUUGUGUAAGUUUGAACAUUUAAUUGAAUGAUGUCAAAUUAAUAAAAUAUACACCACAACAUUUGAUAAACACUUUCAAAACCAUCUCUUAAAUAAAUGACGUCAUCCACAACUAUUUUUAUCUCGCGGCUAGACUAGUUCUCGCUUCAUCUCCACGAUUCUAGAGCGUUCGAGAUGAAGCCCGCGUUAAUAGUCAGUGUUGUGAUGUUAUUGCCUUCACAAUAAGAGCAAAUGUGGUUUAUCUGCACUACCAUGGACCGAAAUCUACUCCAGUGUUUCUGUUUUAUUUUGAAAAGUCAAACAGGAACUUGCUGUUGUUGGUACCAUCCCUGACGAAACUUCUGGAAGUGUCCAGAGUGACAGCUCGGCUGCUAUAAAAGCAGCUGAGGGACAGCCAGAUAUCAGAGCAAGAACAAGAGCCACAAGAGAAGAUCCACAAGAUCCAAAGACCUCACAGAGCACUUUCAAGUAAGCAUCUUGACAAUCAAACAAACAAAAUGGCAUCAGCAAAAGGUGUCGCCAUCGGCAUCGACCUGGGCACCACGUAUUCCUGCGUGGGUGUUUUCCAGCACGGCAAAGUAGAGAUCAUCGCCAACGACCAAGGCAACAGAACCACGCCCAGCUACGUGGCGUUCACCGACACCGAGAGGCUCAUCGGCGACGCCGCCAAGAACCAGGUGGCGUUGAACCCCAGCAACACUGUGUUUGACGCCAAGCGACUGAUCGGAAGAAGGUUUGAUGAUCCGGUGGUGCAAGCGGACAUUAAGCACUGGUCCUUCAAGGUGGUCGCCGAUGGAGGCAAGGCCAAAAUCCAGGUGCAACACAAAGGCGAGGACAAGUCCUUCUACCCAGAGGAGAUCUCCUCCAUGGUGCUGGUUAAAAUGAAGGAGACGGCCGAAGCCUACCUGGGUCAGCAGGUGUCCAGUGCCGUGGUCACGGUCCCUGCCUACUUUAACGACUCUCAGCGGCAGGCCACCAAAGACGCAGGCGUCAUCGCGGGACUGAACAUCCUAAGAAUCAUCAAUGAGCCCACAGCGGCCGCCAUCGCCUACGGUCUGGACAAAGGCAAGUCGGGAGAACGCAACAUCCUCAUCUUUGACCUGGGUGGCGGCACCUUCGACGUGUCCAUCCUCACCAUCGAGGGUGGCAUCUUCGAGGUCAAAGCCACUGCCGGAGACACGCAUCUGGGCGGAGAGGACUUUGACAACCGCAUGGUGGAGCACUUUGUGGCCGAGUUCAAGAGGAAGCACAAGAAGGACAUCAGCCAGAACAAGAGGGCCUUGAGGAGGCUGCGCACCGCCUGUGAGAGGGCCAAGAGGACGCUGUCCUCCAGCUCCCAGGCCAACAUCGAGAUCGACUCCCUCUUUGAGGGCGUCGACUUCUACACCUCCAUCACCAGAGCUCGCUUUGAGGAGCUGUGCUCGGACCUGUUUAGGGGAACUCUGGAGCCGGUAGAGAAAGCCCUGAGGGACGCCAAGAUGGACAAGGGCCAGAUCCACGACGUGGUCCUGGUCGGCGGCUCCACGCGUAUUCCCAGAAUCCAGAAGCUCCUCCAGGACUUCUUCAAUGGCAGGGAGCUGAACAAGAGCAUUAACCCCGACGAGGCGGUGGCUUACGGCGCCGCCGUCCAGGCCGCCAUCCUCACGGGGGACACCUCGGGCAACGUCCAGGACCUGCUGCUGCUGGAUGUGGCGCCUCUGUCGCUGGGCAUCGAGACCGCUGGAGGAGUCAUGACGGCGCUCAUCAAACGCAACACCACCAUCCCCACCAAGCAGACGCAGAUCUUCAGCACCUACUCCGACAACCAGCCCGGCGUCCUCAUCCAGGUCUUGGAGGGCGAGAGAGCCAUGACCAAGGACAACAACCUGCUGGGAACGUUUGAGCUGAGCGGAAUCCCGCCAGCUCCCCGAGGCGUGCCGCAGAUCGAGGUCACCUUCGACGUGGACGCCAACGGCAUCUUGAAUGUUUCGGCGGUGGACAAAAGCACCGGCAAAGAGAACAAGAUCACCAUCACCAAUGACAAAGGUCGUUUGAGCAGAGAGGAGAUCGGGAAGAUGGUGGACGAUGCCCAAAAGUACAAAGCUGAGGAUGAACUGCAGCGGGACAAGAUCGCCGCCAAGAAUGCUCUGGAGUCCUACGCCUUUAACGUAAAGAGCAGCGUGCAGGACGAGAAGCUGGCGGCCAAGUUGAGCGAGGAGGACAUGAAGACGAUGAUGGACAAGUGCGAACAGACCCUCAGCUGGCUGGAGAACAAUCAGCUGGCAGACAAAGAUGAGUUCCAACACAAGCAAAAGGAGCUGGAACGAGUGUGUCAGCCAAUCAUCAGCAAGUUGUAUCAGGGGGCGGGGCCUGCGCGAGGCUGCAGGGCGCAGGCCCAGGCCGGCGCCCAACCCGGUACCCAGGGGCCCACUAUUGAAGAGGUGGACUGAGGACCUUUUCUUGCAUCUCAGAGUUGAAGACGAAUUUUAAAAUGUUACUAUUUAAAAUGUUUAAACUAUAAUUGUGUUUACUUUGUCAUGUACCUAAUUAAUUUGGUAAAUACAUUCUUUCAGUUUGA